CAAAUUUGGGUGGUUACAUGCCUUUUGUCAUUCCUCUUUGCCCUACCUAUAAUAAAGAAAUGAUGCUGGAGUUGCCAUCCCAAGUAAGUGAGAUGACAGGCACAAGGAACAAAGUCACACAUGAAGUAUGGAGAAAUAGAAGGAGCAUGAGUUUAAAUAAAACAUCACUGUGGAGCUGUGGCAUCAGUAAGAAAAAGAAACCCACUUCUUGCUCCAGCCACUAUAUGGCAAGAUUUUGUUAUUUACAAUCAAAUGUCAUUUCAACAGACGCAGUCUCUCUGUUAAGGGUUGAACCUACUGUUUCUAAAUCUAAGAUCUAUUUUCCUGAUUUUCUGGGCCACACUCAGGUGUAGAAUCUUAGUUGUUUUGGGCAACCCUGGCUCAGGGUACCUGAGCACCAGCUUCUUUUCCUGGCCCAGCCUCACUGGCCAGCUCUCAUGCCUGGUCCCCACUUUCUUACACUUCCCUGAGGGACCUAGGUUCCAGAGCUCCCACAAAGUCACAGUCAUGCUGUCCUAAAACAGGUAGACUCUCUUUUCUCUCCUUAAUUUAUUUUCCCAGUCAGCAUACUUGACUCAGGCUUUUCUUCUUUCAAAAUGGAAAAUUGGCAUUUUGUUCCCAAGUAUAAAGCUUGACUCUCCUUACUGGCAUUUUUCACCACUGUGCUCUUCUGACUCUGCCUUUUUCAUCAUAGGACUUACCUUAGUUUUAAUAAUAUAUGUGUGAUUGUUAGUGUCUGUCUCCCUACCUAGAGAGGUGUUAAGCUUCAGAAGGGUGGGAACCACAUCUAUUUUGUUCAUCUUUAUUCUCAUUCUUUAUAGGUGGUCACAUGGAAUCCCUGAAUGUUAUAUUAAUAAAUGAAAAAACAAAACUUCCACAGUAUUUACAGGUGGCAAGCAGACUCCUAAUUCAUUAGCUCAGAUUAAUAGCCUCGUUCAUGCCAUGAUCAUUUAUUGAAAAAAUUACAAGACUAUGAAGACCAGGCCCACUAAAAAUAUAUACACUAAUUUCAAACAGGUAAUUAACAAUCAUUUUUCAUCUUGUGUUAAUUUUCUAACACCUUCCUCACACCAACCAUUAUAAUCCUUUUUAGGUGGGAGAUUUUUGUUAGGCAUGCUCUGAAUGAAGAGACCACCUAAACAGGCUUUGUGUGAGCAACAUGGCUGUUUAUUCACCUGCGUGUGGGUGGGCUGAGUCUGAAAAGAGAGUCAGCAGAGGGCAGUGGGAUAGAAGUUGGUUUUAUAGGUUUGGGGUAGGCAGUGGAAAGUUACAGAAGUUACAGUUCAGCGUUUCUGCAAGCUGGGGGGUGGGGGUUGCUACCCGGGGGGUAGGGGUAUCACAAGGUCCAAGGUCCAUUGUCACAAGGUUGGCUUAUCAGUUGAGGCAGAACAAUGGUGGAAUGUCGAAAGGUUGGUAAAUCAGGCCACAGAGUUCAGUGUCACAAAGUUGACUCAGACUUUCAGGCUCCGGGAGUCCAUCUAGAGGUGUGUGUGUGGGUCAGAGGGGUCACUAUGGUGUAGUCCCUGGUGCAGUCAGUUCAAAGAACCUUGCAAUUUUAUUUCCUAUUUUGUUGAGAAGAUAAUUGGUUUCAGUUCGCUCAUCUGUUUUCUCUUCUUUUCAAAAUAACUUACUCUCUAGGGGUACCUCCUAAGCUCUACUUUCAGCAUGGAAGGCAGAGCUGCCCCUUUUCCUCUAGAUCCUCUGGAAUCUUGCUCUCGUAAUCAACCCCCUCUGUCUACAGCAACUGCAGUUUCUUCCUUUCCAGUUGUCUCUUUCCUUCUGUCCUCUGGUAUUCUUCAUUCACUCACUGAGCAAACAUUUAUUAAAUGCAUGCUAAACGGAUUGCACUGUUUUAUAUCUUUGAAUACAUCAAUGAGCAAAUCUUCACAGAAUUUACAUGCAAGUGGGGGGAAACAGAGCAGACAAUAAACAAAACAAAUAUGUCAAUUACAGUAUUUGAGGCUAAGCAGAAAUAAAGCAGGAGAAAAGUGAAGGAAGGUGGUGAAGGUGUUCAUUUUAAAUAAGGUAGUGAGGAGAGACUUUACUGCGAUUAGCACAGCCUCAAAUAAAGUGAGGGAACACAGCUUGGGGGUAUCUGGGUAUUAUGUGAAAAACUGUGUCCCUCCAAAAUUUAUAUGUUGAAGUUCCAAUCCUUACUGUUUCAGAAUGUAACUAUACUGUAUUUGGAGAUAAGAUCUGUAAAGCAGUGAUUAAGUAAAAAUGAGGCUGUUAAAUGUAGGCCCAUACUCCAGUCUGGCUGGUGUUAGAAUAGUAAGAGACACCAGAAGCACACAUGUGCAGAAGGAAGAGGCAGUAAGAGGGCUGCUAUCUGCAAGCCAAGGAGAGAGGCCUCAGAAUCCAACCUUGAUCUUGGACUUCUGGCCUCCAGCCUUCAAAAAAAUAAACUCUUGUCCAGGCUACCUGGUCUGUGGUAUUUGUUAGGGCAGCUCUAGCAAACUAAUAUACCUGGGAAGAGUUUCCUAGGCAGGAAAACAAAACAAAACAACAAAGGAAAGCCCCCAGGGUGGGACUUGAUUGGCCAGCUUUGUCACAGCAAGGAGGCCAAUGUGGCCAAGUACACUACAGUCAGGCAUUCAUACCCUCAAGUCCAUCAAAACUGCGCUAGCUGAGGCCAGUGGCCAGGAUGGAGUGAGCAAAGACAGUAUGAAAUGAGAUCCAAAAAGCUGUAGGAACCAGAUGUGGUAGCACCCUGUAGUCUACUGUAAGGACUUGGCUUUUAUCCUGAGUGAACUGGGGAACUUUUGAGGGUUAUGACCUGCACUAUGGAAAGCAGGAAGACCAGUGAAAAGUGUUCUCAACAGGAAAGACUUGAGUUGCUGACUCAAAUACAGCUGAUAAAAUGAAGACCAGGAAUUAUCCUUUGAAUACAGCACUGGUGGCCUCAGCAAGCUCAGUUUUGGUGGAGUUGAGGGUGUGAAUGCCUAACUAUAGUGUGCCUGGGAAUGGGAGAAGAAGAAUUGAAGAUAAGGAAUUUUGAACACUUGAGUUUUGCCAUACAGAGGAAGACAAAGACAUGUGGUAGGAGCUGGAAGGGGAAGUGGGGGUUUCUUGUUUGUUUUGUCUUGGGCUGGGGAGAGCUUAGAGCAUGUUUUUAUGAAGAUGAAGAAUAAUCCAUAUAUACCCAAAUUGCCAACACCUUAACAAAUUUUCACCAGUUUUGGAGCAGGUGCAGUGGCUCAUGCCUGUAAUCCUAGCACUUUGGGAGGCUGAGGCAGGAGGAUGGCUUGAGGCCAGGAGUUUGAGAUCAAUCUGGCCAGAACAGAAACCCCAUCUUUACACAACAAAAUUAAAAACUGGCCUGGCCCAGUGGCAAGCAUCUGUAGUCCCAGUGAUUCCAGAAGCUGAGGCAGGAAGAUCGAUUGAACACAGGAAUUCAAGGUUACAAUGAGCUAUGGCCAAGCCACUGCACUCCAGCAUGGGCAAAAGAGCAACACCCUGUCUCUAAAAAAAAUUUUUUUUAAUGUUCACUGGUUUUGAUGGAGGUAACAGACUCCUGGCCAGUCUCCUCAUCAUUGAUGCCGUCACUGCUGAGGAUGCAUUUUCUUAUCACUUCACUCAUCUGCUCAAAAAUCUUCAGGAAGUCCUUAUUUGCUGUAUUAAAAGUUCAAAUGCCUUGGCUGAACAUUCCAAUCUUUUCCACUCUGUCCUUUUGCACUUUCAUCACUGACUUCGGUGCGGUAGAAAGCAUGCCAGUUCAGAGUCAGAACACAUGAAUUAAAGUCAUGAUUCUGUGACCAACUAGCUACGUGAUUUUAGGCAAAAGACGUCAGUGCACUGCGCUGGGGCUUCUUCCCGUUCCUAAGGAGGCGGGAGGCGUGUCGGGUGGACUGGAUUGUCGCAGAUCACUGCCAUCUCUAACAAGCGGACUUGUGAGCACCGUUGGGGCCACAAGUAGGACCAGGCACUUCUAGAGACCACACGACUUUUGUGGCCACUUCCUGUUUCGCUUGCGCCUUCCGAAGUAGACUAGGCUUUAGAAGAGCUACAAUGCCAGCUCCUUUAAGGUCGACCUCUUCUCGGUCACAAGAGACUUGCCUCCCAGUCUUCACUUGGGACUGUCCUCUUCACAGUCAGAAUCCGCCACGUAGUAAGUGCCGCUUCCAACCAAUCAAAAGGCAGGUAGCGCAGACCUUUGAGGGACAUCCACUUCUACCAAUAAUCUUCAAGUGUUCCCCAGCGCCUAGCUUUGAGGGGCGAGACCAAUCACCGCGAUGGCCAAUCUGUUGCAGGAAAGGUAUUCCGGGAACUGAUAAGUACACCAAUCAGGUAAAAAGAACGGCAGGGAGGGGCAUUUUUCAUUGGUAAUUGCAUCCGGAAUAGGGACGGGCCUCAAACGACGAAAUUACGAUUUGAUUGGUAGGCGCGAUGUUGACAACCAGGGAAAGUCUGCCUUCCCUAACAAGGCCAGCCUGGGAACAUUGAGUGGCAGCGGCCGCAGCCAAUGAGGGAGCAGACGCGGGGAAAGUUUGCUCAAUGGGCUAUGUCCAAGAGAGGCUGUCACUCAGGUAGCGGCGGCGGAGGCCGGGCUGAGACGUGGCCCGGGAACACAGCUGGCUGUCCAGGCCGUCGGGGUGACGGUAGGGUCCCUAGCGUGUCCUUGCCCUGGUGGGAGUUCCGAGCGGCGGGAGAGGCAGGCGCCCGUGGCUGCGCCUCCAUGCCUGCGCGCGAGGCAGGCCGCUGAUGGAGCGAGCCACCCGCCUGGGACUGCUGGUACGGGCUCUGCUGCUGCCGCUGCUGCCGCUGCUGCUGGGGCUCGCGGCAGGGACGGUACCCGCGGGGCGCGCCCGCAACCUCCCUGUGCCGACGGCGGAGGCGGCAUUUGGCCUCGGGGCAGCCGCUGCUCCCACCUCACCGGCGCGAGUACCGGCUGUGGCGGCCGUAGCUGCGGCCGAGGUGACUGUGGAGGACGCUGAGGCGCUGCCGGCGGCCGCGGGCGAGCAGGAGCCGCGGAGUCCAGAACCCGACGAUGAAGCGGAGUUGCGACCGCGCGGCAGAUCAUUAGUAAUUAUCAGCACGUUAGAUGGGCGAAUUGCUGCCUUGGAUCCUGAAAAUCAUGGUAAAAAGCAGUGGGAUUUGGAUGUGGGAUCUGGUUCCUUGGUGUCAUCCAGCCUUAGCAAACCAGAGGUAUUUGGGAAUAAGAUGAUCAUUCCUUCCUUGGAUGGAGACCUCUUCCAGUGGGACGGAGACCGUGAGAGUAUGGAAACCGUUCCUUUCACAGUUGAAUCACUUCUUGAAUCUUCUUAUAAAUUUGGAGAUGAUGUUGUUUUGGUUGGAGGAAAAUCUCUUACUACAUAUGGACUCAGUGCAUAUAGUGGAAAGGUGAGGUAUAUCUGUUCAGCUCUGGGUUGUCGCCAAUGGGAUAGUGAUGAAAUGGAACAAGAGGAAGACAUCCUGCUUCUACAGCGCACCCAAAAAACUGUUAGAGCUGUUGGACCUCGCAGUGGCAAUGAGAAGUGGAAUUUCAGUGUUGGCCACUUUGAACUUCGGUAUAUUCCAGACAUGGAAACUAGAGCUGGAUUUAUUGAAAGCACCUUUAAACCCAAUGAGAACACAGAAGAGUCUAAAAUUAUUUCAGAUGUGGAAGAACAGGAAGCUGCCAUAAUGGACAUAGUGAUAAAAGUUUCAGUUGCUGACUGGAAGGUUGUGGCAUUCAGUAAAAAGGGAGGACAUCUGAAAUGGGAGUACCAGUUUUGUACUCCAAUUGCAUCUGCCUGGUUAGUUAAGGAUGGGAAAGUCAUUCCCAUCAGUCUUUUUGAUGAUACAAGUUAUACAUCUAAUGAUGAUGUUUUAGAAGAUGAAGAAGACAUUGUAGAAGCUGCCAGAGGAGCCACAGAAAACAGUGUUUACUUGGGAAUGUAUAGGGGCCAGCUGUAUCUGCAGUCAUCAGUCAGAAUUUCAGAAAAGUUUCCUACAAGUCCCAAGGCUUUGGAAUCUGUCAGUAAUGAAAAUGCAAUUAUUCCUUUGCCAACAAUCAAAUGGAAACCCUUAAUUCAUUCUCCUUCCAGAACUCCUGUCUUGGUAGGAUCUGAUGAAUUUGACAAAUGUCUUAGUAAUGAUAAGUUUUCUCAUGAAGAGUACAGUAAUGGUGCACUUUCAAUCUUGCAGUAUCCAUAUGAUAAUGGUUAUUAUCUACCAUACUACAAGAGGGAAAGGAACAAACGAAGCACACAGAUCACAGUCAGAUUCCUCGACAACCCAAAUUACAACAAAAAUAUCCGCAAAAAGGAUCCCGUUCUCCUCUUACACUGGUGGAAAGAAAUAGUUGCAACAAUUUUGUUCUGUAUUAUAGCAACAACGUUUAUUGUGCGCAGGCUUUUCCAUCCUCAUCCUCACAGGCAAAGGAAGGAGUCUGAAACUCAGUGUCAAACUGAAAAUAAAUAUGAUUCUGUAAGUGGUGAAGCCAAUGACAGUAGCUGGAAUGACAUAAAAAACUCUGGAUAUAUAUCACGAUAUCUAACUGAUUUUGAACCAAUUCAAUGUCUGGGACGUGGCGGCUUUGGAGUUGUUUUUGAAGCUAAAAACAAAGUAGAUGACUGCAAUUAUGCUAUCAAGAGGAUCCGUCUCCCCAAUAGGGAAUUGGCUCGGGAAAAGGUAAUGCGAGAAGUUAAAGCCUUAGCCAAACUUGAGCACCCAGGCAUUGUUAGAUAUUUCAAUGCCUGGCUUGAAGCACCACCAGAGAAGUGGCAAGAAAAGAUGGAUGAAAUUUGGCUGAAAGAUGAAAGUACAGACUGGCCACUCAGCUCCCCUAGUCCAAUGGAUGCACCAUCAGUUAAAAUAUGCAGAAUGGAUCCUUUCUCUACAAAAGAACAUAUUGAAAUCAUAGCUCCUUCACCACAAAGAAGCAGGUCUUUUUCAGUAGGGAUUUCCUGUGGCCAGACAAGUUCAUCUGAGAAUGAGUUCUCACCACUGGAAUUCUCAGGAAUGGACCAUGGAGACAUCAGUGUGUCAGUGGAUGCAGCAUACAACCUCCAGGACAGUUGCCUUACAGACUGUGAUGUGGAAGAUGGUACUAUGGAUGGCAAUGAUGAGGGACACUCCUUUGAACUUUGUCCUUCUGAAGCUUCUCCUUAUGUAAGGUCAAGGGAGAGAACCUCCUCUUCAAUAGUAUUUGAAGACUCUGGCUGUGAUAAUGCUUCCAGUAAAGAAGAGCCCAAAACUAAUCGGUUGCAUAUUGGCAACCAUUCUAAUAAACUCACUGCUUUCAAGCCCACCAGUAGCAGAUCUUCUUCUGAAGCUACGUUAUCUAUUUCUCCUCCAAGACCAACCACUUUAAGUUUAGAUCUCAGUAAAAACACCACAGAAAAACUCCAGCCCAGUUCACCAAAGGUGUAUCUUUACAUUCAGAUGCAGCUGUGCAGAAAAGAAAACCUCAAAGACUGGAUGAAUAGACGAUGUACCAUAGAGGAUAGAGAGAGGGGCAUGUGUCUGCACAUCUUCCUGCAGAUUGCAGAGGCGGUGGAGUUUCUUCACAGUAAAGGAUUGAUGCAUAGGGACCUCAAGCCAUCCAACAUAUUCUUUACAAUGGAUGAUGUGGUCAAGGUUGGAGACUUUGGAUUAGUGACUGCAAUGGACCAGGAUGAGGAAGAGCAGACAGUUCUGACCCCAAUGCCAGCUUAUGCCAGACACACAGGACAAGUAGGGACCAAACUGUAUAUGAGCCCAGAGCAGAUUCAUGGAAACAGCUAUUCUCAUAAAGUGGACAUCUUUUCUUUAGGCCUGAUUCUAUUUGAAUUGCUGUACCCAUUCAGCACUCAGAUGGAGAGAGUCAGGACCUUAACUGAUGUAAGAAAUCUCAAAUUUCCACCAUUAUUUACACAGAAAUAUCCUUGUGAGUAUGUGAUGGUUCAAGACAUGCUCUCUCCAUCCCCCAUGGAACGACCUGAAGCUACAAACAUCAUUGAAAAUGCUGUAUUUGAGGAUUUGGACUUUCCAGGAAAAACAGUGCUCAGACAGCGGUCUCGUUCCAUGAGUUCAUCGGGAACAAAACAUUCAAGACAGUCCAGCAACUCCCAUAGCCCUUUGCCAAGCAAUUAGCCUUAAGUUGUGCUAGUAACCCUAAUAGGUGACACAGAUAAUAGCCUAAUUCUUAGAAUAUGCCUGUCCAAAAUUGCGGACUUGAAAAUUUUGUUCUUUGCUCAGUUUUCUUGUGGACUACUUUUUAAUGUCAAAUGUAAGCUGGAUUUGUGGGCAUAACCUAAUUUGAGCCAACUCUUGAAUUUUGCUAUACUUAAAGAAAGAGCUGUCUUUGUUGUUUGUUAGUCUCUUGAAACUGGCUGCUGGCCAAGCUUUAUAACCCUCACCAUUUUUGCCUAUGGAGGUAGCAGCAAUCCCUAAAAUAUAUAUAGUGAGAGCUAAAAUGGAAAUAUUUUUAUAGUACAGAAGAAGGAAAGUCUCCCAUGUGGUAACUGUAUUGUUCUAGAAAUACGCUUUCUAGAGAUAUGAUGAUUUUUGAAACUGAUUUCCAGAAAAAGCUGACUCCAUUUUUGUCCCUGGUGGUUAAAUUAGGAAUCUGCACCAUUUUGGAGGACAAGUAGCACAAAUUGUAUAACGGUUGAUGUCCGUAGUUUUAUAGUCCUAAAGCAUUAAAUAGCUUUAUUCCUUAGAUGGUUCUAGGGUGGGUUUAGAGCUUUUUGUACUUUUACCUCCAAUAAAGGGAAAAUGAAGCUUUUUUAUGUAAAUUGGUUGAAAGGUCUAGUUUUGGGAGUAAAAAAACUGUAGUAAGAAAUGGAUCAUAUAUAUUACAACUAACUUCUUCAACUAUGGACUUUUUAAGCCUAAUGAAAUCUUAAGUGUCUUCUGUGUAAUCCUGUAGAUUGGUACUUCCCCCAAACUGAUUAUAGAUAACAGUUUAAUCAUCUAACUUGCUAACAUGUUUUUAUUUUUCACUGUAAAUAUGAUUAUGUUUUAUUUAUAAAAAUUCUGAAAUCAAUCCAUUUGGGUUGGUGGUGUACAGAACACACUUAAGUGUGUUAACUAUUGUGACUUCUUUCAAGUCUAAAUGAUUUAAUAAAACUUUUUUUAAAUUAA